AUGCGCAUAAUCGUGCUGUUGAUUGCAGCAUUUGUCUAUCUGAUCGAUGCCCAUUUUCGGUGCAAAAACUUGCAUGGGGAAGACGUUGACUGGUUUGUCGGGAUAAAAUUGCCCGCGAAUGUCGACGAAAGAAAAGGGCGAAGUUUCGUCUACUAUGAUUCUUCUCAAACAGGUUGGGUCAUGAGCGAGCCAGCCAAUAAACACGGACGUGGUCACAGCAAAGGUGUAGCUGUUUUCACUAUUGACAGUGGAUUUUGGCUGGUGCACAGUGUGCCCAACUUCCCUCCACGUGAGAAAUACGACUAUCCGGAAACCGGUACGAAAUACGCGCAAUCGUUCCUGUGUCUCUCACUAGAUGCUGACGCUCUUGUGGAUCUUAGCCACUACAUGAGACAUUCCCAAGUGACGCCGUACAUUACUAACCUGCCCAAGAAUUUCGAAAUAAUAGCACCCUACCUCGUUGAUGUAGUGAACAGGAAAUCUCUUGGACGAGCAGACACGAGGUAUACUACCGCUCACGACUUCGAAACCCGUGGUCACAUGAGAGUUAAGGCAUUUGCAAAGCAUAAGAAAUUCGGACAAGAUCUAUGGCACGACUUCAUCGCUCUGUACCUUAGAACUCCUAUGGCAGUUGAGACAUGGAGAAACGGAGCAGCCAAGAAUGUCGGCACGCAGUGCGAUAAUGGAGAAAACGUUUACGACAUCGACUCGGUGAAGGUGCUGGACAAGGUAUUCGCCAGUUCGAAAGAUCAUUCGAAGUGGGGUGUGUCCAUGAAUGAGAACGUACCAGCUGUGUGCAUAGGAGAUGUGAACAGACAGGUGUCGCAAUUCAAGCGGGGAGGCGGCGCUGUCUGCAUAGAAGAUAAGACAUUGUGGAAGACAUUCAAUGGUUCGGUAAAUUCUUACCUGGAUUGUGGAAAGACUAUCAAUGGUUCGCGGUAA